CGUUAGAAUUUUGCCCUAACCUCAUAUGGGCGGAUUUUAUGCAAAGUACAGAAGUGAUGGCUUUGUUAAGUUCUACUACUAUUGGUGCUGCUUAUGGGACUGCAAAAGCUGGAAUUGGAAUCGCUGGUGCCGGAACUUUUAGACCUGAACUUAUUAUGAAGUCACUUCUACCUGUGGUUAUGGCUGGUAUUAUUGCUGUUUAUGGACUUGUCAUAUCUGUUUUAAUAUGUGGAUCAAUGGACCCAAAUAAACCAUAUUCGCUAUUUACUGGCUUUAUUCAUCUUGGUUCAGGUCUUACAGUAGGCCUUACGGGUUUAGGAGCAGGCUACUCAAUAGGAAUUGUUGGUGAUGCU